UGCCGCGGCCGACGUCACCGCCACUUGCCGCAUCCACAAGAUCUCUCUGGUGCAGCUCGGGUGCAGGUCUCUGCGGGAGCCACCCCAGACCUCUGCAGCUGCUCCUGUGAACAUGGCCGACCCGGAAAACCAGGGGCCCACGGAGGCAAGCCAGGCUGCAGCGGCGGCGGCAGCGGAGGCGGCCGCGGCAGAGGAGGUAAUGGCGGAAGGCGGUGCGCAGGGGGGAGACUCUGACAGCGCGACGGGCGACUCGGACAGCGCGGCUGGUCAGACGGCCGAGGAGCCCCAGACCCCUGCAGAGAAUGCACCAAAGCCGAAAAAUGACUUUAUCGAGAGCCUGCCUAAUUCAGUGAAAUGCCGAGUCCUGGCCCUCAAAAAGCUGCAGAAACGAUGCGAUAAGAUAGAAGCCAAAUUUGAUAAGGAAUUUCAGGCUCUGGAAAAAAAGUAUAACGACAUCUAUAAGCCCCUACUUGCCAAGAUCCAAGAGCUCACCGGUGAGAUGGAGGGGUGUGCAUGGACCUUAGAAGGGGAAGAGGAGGAGGAUGACGAGGAAGAGUACGAGGAUGAAGAGGAAGGGGAGGAGGAGGAGGAAGAGGAGGAGGAAACUGCGGCAGAAGCUGCUGCGGAGGUGGCUGCUGCCAAAGAUGAGGGUCCCCAUUCUGCAGUGUCUGAUGACGCCAAGAAAUAAGCGGGGGCAGAGAUACUGAAGAGAAUGACGCCGGAAACAAAAACGCUAUUUCUUUUUUUUUUUUUUUUUUUUUUUUUAAUAUUGGUGGACUUAAAACUAAGGCUCAGGUUUGGGACCAAAAUACAACGAAUCAAUACUGACAUUCCUAAAAUUAUAUUCAAUUGAAGCAAUCAGAUCCUGGCCAGCCCAUUUCAAAUUUGAUUUUCAUUUUAAAACAAAUAUAACAAAAGUGUUGAAAACGAGUUAAAUUUAAGAUGAUUUUUUUCAUGAUCUCUUCUGUAAGGACUGCAACUGAGGCUUAGUAAGGGUGUCAAAUAGAUGUGAAGUAAAGAAUGUCACUUUGAAACCUAUUCAUCCCACAGCCACCACCCUACACACGGAACACCCAGCCCAAGACUGAACAUGUUCUCAAUGCCUAAUUCUUCAGUUUCUUUAGUCUGGACAUUUUCCAGUGCAGGAAAAGCAGAACCCAAGAGGACUCUCAUCUUAAGACUUUGCUUUUGUAACCCAGACAUCAGCUACACUUGAGAGAAGAGUGAUGAAUGGAGGACACCUGUGAUGCGGAUCAUGACCGUACUGUUUAAUGAGGCCUGGAAAACUGCCACUUCAAAUUCUAAAGAAUGUUCUGAUAUUUGAAUUUAGAGACGCAACAUGGUUCUGAGGAGGGUGUAUAACCUGUAUAAGAUUGUCAACAUAUGUGUUUGUCACUUACAGUCUCAUGUUUAUGUGUUUUCUUGGUAAUGUCUAUUUACAAAAGUGUAAAAAAAAAAGAACCCCAAAAUGUUUAAGUAUUAAAUCCUUUUACCUAGUGUUCUAGAAAUAUUAAUUUACUUGAAGAGAUGUAGAAUGUAGCCAAUUCUGUAAAGCAUGUGUAUUAAGUGUUAUGUAGUCUGAUCUUUGUGAAGUCUUUUUGUCAUGUAGCUUUUAGAAUGUAGCUGUGAAAAUCACCAGAACUCUUCAAUGAAGCUAAUGGUUGGAAAAAAUAUAUACUUGAAGAACCAAUCCAAGUGUGUGUCCCCACCCCCAGCUCAGAAGUAGAAGGGUUUAAGUUUGCUUGUAUUAGCUGUGCCUUCAUUAUUUUGCUAUGUAAAUGUGACAUAUUAAAUAAAAAAUGGUGCAUAUUCAAAUUUUACUGCUUGAGGGUAGACUGACAUACAGUUAAGGAUUUUUAGGAAGGACACACUUAAUGUAAAGACUCUUAGCUUCUUUGUGGGUUUUGAAUUUUGUGUGACUCUGUGAUCUAUGAAGAAACACGCAUAAAGUUGUUUACCUCUGUAGUGUUAAUAAAACAGUAUUUUUUAAAAAAACAAAAGGACUCGGAAUAGUCUGCCUGGAAUCAAAUCCCAGAUCUG